AUGUUCGAACCCAAGCUCUCGAGAGCACCCCCCUCCACCACAACUUCACCGUCUCACUCGUCAACCAAACCCACCAAUUCAAACAAUUCGCCCACACCCCCCCUAACCAAAUUCCUCCAACCAAGAGACUCCCUAAUAGCAAUUUGGAUCGGCAUAAACGACAUAAACGACAGUUCAAAAUACACCGUCGACUUCCCAACCUUCUACAAAUCACUCACAUCUACCCUCUUCACCUCCGUAACCGACCUAUACAAUCUAGGCUACAGAUCAUUUCUCUUCAUGAACCUUCCCCCGCUAGACCAAACACCAGGAAACCAAGUCUCCGGCUCGCCGCACCCGAAUGCAACGCAGGUGGGAUGGUAUAAUACCGCGCUUUCUGAACAAGCGCGUCAAUUCGCGCGUGGAAGAACAGAUGCUGAGGUUAGGGUCUUUGAUGCUCAUGCUCAUUUGAGUGGGAUUUUGGAUCAUCCUGCGAGGUAUGGGAUUGUUAAUACGACGAAUUUUUGUGCUGGGUAUGAUCAGCCUGAUAUUGGGGAUAAUUAUUUGAGUUAUGGGUGUCCUACGUCGUUGGAUACGUAUUUUUGGUUUAAUUCUGGACAUAUGACUAGUCAUGUGCAUCGGAUUCUGGCGGAGCAGUUGCAGGAAUGGUUACGGGGUUAG